AUGCCGCCAGCGGCGUGUGUCAAGACGGGCCGAGGAGGACGAGACGCCGGAAAGUUCCGCGCCCAAGGGCUGUUCGGCGACGGCGGCGGCGGGGACGGGCUCCGGACCGUGAUGAGGAUGGUGAAGCUCAACUCGGCCAUCCAGAACCGGAGCGUCCGGGAGCUGCUCGGCGACGAGUGUCUCUACUUCUUCGGCAACCUCCGGUCCGUUGAUGUUCCGCAGCUGGGCAAGGACCUGUUCCUGCUUCUCCACGCGCUGAUGGUCCGGCACCAUGUGUCGUUCGUGCUCAAACCGUCGCCGGACGAAGCAGGCUUCGACCUGGGCUUAAAGUGGUCUCUAGAAUGGAAGGGGAAGCUGCCGCCUUGGGACCUCGACUGCAACGUCUCCACUAGCCACGUCUACCGGGGCCUCCUGCUCAUCAGAAACAGAAAUACCAAAUUCUGGAACAUGGCCAGCCACGAUGCACAGUAG